UAUCUCUCUCUUUAGCUCUAAUACUAUUUGCUUUAUCUUAAUAUAUCUUGGUGCUCCAGUGUUGGGUGCAUAUAUAUUUAAAGUUCUUAUAUCGUCUUGCUGAAUUGACCCCUUUAUCAUUAUAUAGUGACCUUUUUAUAUCUUCUUAUAGUUUUUGUCUUGAAAUCUAUUUUUUCUGAUAUAAGUAUAGCAACUCCUGCUGUCUUUUGUUUUCCAUUAGCAUGGAAUAUCUUCUUCCAUCCCUUUAUUUUCAGUCUAUGUGGAUCUUUAUAGUGAAGUGUGUUUCUUAUAGGCAACAAAUAAAUGAGUCUUGUUUUUUUCAUCCAUUCACCCAGUCUAUGUCUUUUUGUUGGAGAGUUUAGUCCCUUUACAUUCAUUGUAUGUAUGUAUGUAUGUAUUUAUUUAUUUAUUUUGAGACUGAGUUUCAUUCUUGUCACCCAGGCUGGAGUGCAAUGGCACAAUCUCAGCUCACUGCAACCUCUGCCUGUCAGGUUCAAGCAAUUAUCUUGCCUCAGCCUUUCGAGUAGCUGGGAUUACAGGCACACACCACCACGCCUGGCUAAUUUUUGUAUUUUUAGUAGAGACGGGGUUUCACCAUGUUCGCCAGGCUUGUCUCCAACUCCUGACCUCCCAGGCAGGUGACCCGCCCACCUCAGCCUUCCUUCCAAAGUGCCGGGAUUAUACGCAUGAGCCGCCGCUCCUGGCCAAUGUUAUUAUUUAUAAGUAAGGACUUACUCCUCCAUUUUGUUAUUUGUUUUCUGGUUGUUUUGUUGUCUUCUCUUCCUUCUUUCUUUUCUUCCUAUCUUCCCUAGCGAAGGUGAUUUUCUGUGGUGAUACGAUUUAGUUUCUUGCUUUUUAGUUUUUGUGUCUCCACUGUGUGUUUUUUUGGUUUGAUAUUAUCAUCAUUUUAACCUGAUGACAACUUAACACCAAUUGCGUAAACAAACAGACAAAAAGAAAACUAAUAAAAACUCUAUACCUUGACUUUAUCCCCUGGCAUUUUAACUUUUUAUUGUGUCUAUUUAUAUCUUAUUGUACUCACUAUGCCUUGAAAAGUUGUUUUAGUUAUUAUUUUUGAUUGGUUCAUUGUUUAGUCUUUUUACUUAGGGUAAGAGUAGUUUACACACCACAGUUACACUGUUACAAUGUUCUAGGUUUUCCUGUGUACUUACUAUUACCAGUGAGUUUUGUACCUUCAGGUGAUUAUUUAUUGCUCAUUAAUUUUUUUUUUUUUUUUUUCUGAUUGAAGUACUCCUUUUAGCAUUUCCUGUAGGACAGGUCUGCUCUUGGUGAAAUUCUGCAGCUUUUGUUUGUCUAGGAAAGUCUUUAUUUCUCCUUCAUGUUUAGAGGAUAGUUUUGCCAGAUACACUAUUAUAAGAUAAAAGAUUUUUCCUUCAGCACUUUAAAUAUGUCAUGCCAUUCUCUCCUAGCCUGUAAGGUUUCCAGUGAAAAGUCUGCUGUCAGAUGUUUUGGAGCUCCAUUAUAUGUUAUUUAUUUCUUUUCUUUUGCUGCCUUUAGGAUCCUUUCUUUAUCCUUGACCUUUGGGAGUUUGAUUAUUAAAUGCCUUGAGGUAGUUUUCUUUGCAUUAAAUCUUCUUGGUGUUCUAUAACCUUCUUGUAGUUGUAUAUUGAUAUCUUUCUCUAGGUUUGGGAAGUUCUCUGUUAUUAUCACUUUGAAUACAUUUUCUACCCCUAUCUUGUUCUUUAUUUUCUCUUUAAGGCCAAUAGGCCAAUUACUGUUUUUUUUCUUUUUGUUUUUGUUUUUUUGAGAUGGAGUCUCGCUCUGUUGCCAGGCUGGAGUGCAGUGGCGCGAUCUCAGCUCACUGCAACCUCUGCCUCCCUGGUUCAAGUGAUUCUCUUGCCUCAAGUUCGCUGGAGUGCAAUGGUACGAUCUUGGCUCACUACAACCUCUGCCUCCUAGAUUCAAACGAUUCUCCUGCCUCAGCCUCCCAAGUAGCUGUGAUUUCAGUGUUUGUCAGGUUCAACUCCAGCCAUGGUUUCCCAGUGGAGGUCGAUUCUGACACCAGCAUCUUCCAGCUCAAGGAGGUGGUUGCUAAGCGACAGGGAGUUCCGGCUGACCAGUUGCAUGUGAUAUUCGCAGGGAAGGAGCUGAGGAAUGACUGGACUGUGCAGAAUUGUGACCUGGAUCAGCAGAGCAUUGUUCACAUUGUGCAGAGACCGUGGAGAAAAGGUCAAGAAAUGAAUGCAACUGGAGGCGACAACCCCAGAAAUGCGGCAGGACGCUGUGAGCGGGAGCCCCAGAGCUUGACUCGGGUGGACCUCAGCAGCUCAGUCCUCCCAGGAGACUCUGUGGGGCUGGCUGUCAUUCUGCACACUGACAGCAGGAAGGACUCACCACCAGCUGGAAGCCCAGCAGGUAGAUCAAUCUACAACAGCUUUUAUGUGUAUUGCAAAGGCCCCUGUCAAAGAGUGCAGCCGGGAAAACUCAGGGUACAGUGCAGCACCUGCAGACAGGCAACGCUCACCUUGACCCAGGGUCCAUCUUGCUGGGAUGAUGUUUUAAUUCCAAACCGGAUGAGUGGUGAAUGCCAAUCCCCAAACUGCCCUGGGACUAGUGCAGAAUUUUUCUUUAAAUGUGGAGCACACCCCACCUCUGACAAGGAAACAUCAGUAGCUUUGCACCUGAUCGCAACAAAUAGUCGGAACAUCACUUGUAUUACCUGCACAGACGUCAGGAGCCCCGUCCUGGUUUUCCAGUGCAACUCCCGCCACGUGAUUUGCUUAGACUGUUUCCACUUAUACUGUGUGACAAGACUCAAUGAUCGGCAGUUUGUUCACGACCCUCAACUUGGCUACUCCCUGCCUUGUGUGGCUGGCUGUCCCAACUCCUUGAUUAAAGAGCUCCAUCACUUCAGGAUUCUGGGAGAAGAGCAGUACAACCGGUACCAGCAGUAUGGUGCAGAGGAGUGUGUCCUGCAGAUGGGGGGCGUGUUAUGCCCCCGCCCUGGCUGUGGAGCGGGGCUGCUGCCGGAGCCUGACCAAAGGAAAGUCACCUGCGAAGGGGGCAAUGGCCUGGGCUGUGGGUUUGCCUUCUGCCGGGAAUGUAAAGAAGCGUACCAUGAAGGGGAGUGCAGUGCCCUAUUUGAAGCCUCAGGAACAACUACUCAGGCCUACAGAGUCGAUGAAAGAGCCGCAGAGCAGGCUCGUUGGGAAGAAGCCUCCAAAGAAACCAUCAAGAAAACCACCAAGCCCUGUCCCCGCUGCCAUGUACCAGUGGAAAAAAAUGGAGGCUGCAUGCACAUGAAGUGUCCGCAGCCCCAGUGCAGGCUCGAGUGGUGCUGGAACUGCGGCUGCGAGUGGAACCGCGUCUGCAUGGGGGACCACUGGUUCGACGUGUAGCCAGGGCAGCCGGGCGCCGCAUCGCCCCAUCCUGGGGGAGCAUACCCAGUGUCCUAUCUUCAUUUGCUAAUUCUCUUUUCAAACACGCACACACACACACACGCGCGCGCGCGCGCACACACACACGCGCACACACACGCGCACAUACACACUCUUCAAUUUUUUUUCAAAGUCCAACUACAGCCAAAUUGCAGAAGAAACUCCUGGAUCCCUUUCACUAUGUCCAUGAAAAACAGCAGAGCAAAAUUACAGAAGAAGCUCCUGAAUCCCUUUCAGUUUGUCCACACAAAACAGCAGAGCCAUCUGUGACACCGCCAACAGGCGUUCUCAGCCUCCGGAUGACACAAAUACUGGAGCACAGACUCAAGUGAAAUCCACGUAUCUGUAUGGGUCAUUCUCACCUAAAUUCGAGUCAGGCAGAAUCAGUAGCUGGAGAGAGAGUUCUCACAUUGAAUAUCCUGCAUUUUACCUUCAGUAAAUACCAUGAAGAUGCUACUGACAAGGUGUUUCUCUGUAAAAUGAACUGCAGUGGGUUCUCAAAACUAGAUUCAUGGCUUUGACAGUAAUGUUCUUAUUUAAAUUUCAGAAAGCAUCUAUUGCCAAAGAACCCCAGGCAAUAGUCAAAAACGUGUUUAUCCCUAAGAAUUCCAUCUAUAUAAAUUGCAUUAAUGAAAUACCAACUAUGCAUAAAUCAACUUGUCAACUAAGUGAGAAAUUAUGAAAGUUAAUUUGAAUGUUGAAUGUUUGAAUUACAGGGAAGAAAUCAAGUUAAUGUACUUUCAUUCCCUUUCAUGAUUGGCAACUUUAGAAAGAAAUUGUUUUUCUGAAAGUAUCACCAAAAAAUCUUUAGUUUGAUUUUGAGUAUUCAUUUUGCAGCUUGGAGAUUUUGCUAAUACAUUUGGCUCCACUGUAAACUUAAUGGAUAAAGUGCCUAUAAAGGAGACAUGUUUAGAAAUGAUUUCAAAAUGAUAUUCAAUCUUAACAAAAGUGAACAUUAUUAAAUCAGAAUCUUUAAAGAGGAGCCUUUCCAGAACUACCAAAAUGAAGACAUGCCUGACUCUCUCCAUCAGAAGGGUUUAUACCCCUUUGGCACACCCUCUCUGUCCAAUCUGCAAGUCCCAGAGAGCUCUGCACACCAGGGGUUCCCCAGGAGAGACCUUCUCUUAGGACAGUAAACUCACUAGAGUAUUCCUUAUGUUGACAUGGAUUGGAUUUCCGUUCGGUCAAACUUUCAGCUUUUUUUUCAGCCAUUCACAACACAAUCAAAAGAUUAACAACACUGCAUGCGGCAAACCACAUGCUCUUACGCACACUACGCAGAAGAGAAAGUACAACCACUAUCUUUUGUUCUACCUGUAUUGUCUGACUUCUCAGGAAGAUCGUGCACAUAACUGAGGGCAUGAGUCUCACUAGCGCAUGGAGGCGCUUUUGGAUUUAGAGACUCUAUAAAUUAUCAAAUCGGCAACAGGGCUUCUCUUUUUAGAUGUAGCACCUGAAAUCCUUGCUGGAGGGAAGAGAGGGGAUGAACUCAAAUUUUCCACAUCCCGGGACACCUGUCCCUCUUUUCCUAACUGCCUAAGAUAACCCAUUUCUUCCAACCAUCUGAAGACAGUCCUGUCCUCUUAGAGGCCUUGCACCGGGGAGAGACUGGGCUCUGCAGCAGCCACAUCAGCAUUCACAGCUUCAUGCGGCUUCACUGUCUGAAAAUCUACCGACUCCAACAUGGCCCCACGGUGACAACAGACCUGCGACAGGAAGCCCAAAGCUCACAUAGAAAUGGUGGAGAGAUCAAAGUCUCUAUAGUAAGGGAAAAAAAGAGAGGUCACAGGCAUGAGCCCCUGCACCCAGUGGCUUGUGUCCAUACUGAGUCCAGACCCUGAUCAGGGCCUGACUUAGUGUCACUGGCAAUCCCACUAAAUUACACUUCCUUACACUGGCCCGAUGCGACAAAUCAGGUGGCUCCCUUCUGUCACGUGGAGCACACAGUGUUUUCCACCAGCCACAGCUUUCUUCCUGAUGAUGUUUGCAUUAUUGUGCCUUCCCAGUCCGCAUGCUGCAUUGGGCUUGCGGUGCCUGAACAAGGUUUGCUCCCACGAGCUCAGGCACCCUAGGAUCCCCUGUUAGACUAUUAGGCUGUCCAGCAUGGUCUCCUUUCCUUUCUUGGUGGUGGUGUUUUCCCUUUCCAGAAUAGAACAGUGAUUCUUAAAAUAAGUUAGAGCAGGCCGGGCACGGUGGCUCAUGCCUGUAAUCCCAGCACUUUGAGAGGCCGAGGUGGGUGGAUCACGAGGUCAGGAGUUCAAGACCAGCCUGGCCAAGAUGACGAAACCCCGUCUCUAUUAAAAAUACAAAAAUUAGCUGGGCGUGGUGGCAGGCGCCUGUAAUCCCAGCUUCUUGGGAAGCUGAGGCAGGAGAAUCACUUGAACCCAGGGGCAGAGGUUGCAGUGAGCCGAGAUCACACCACUGAACUCCAGCCUGGGCAACAGAGUGAGACUCUGUCUCAAAAAAAAAAAAAAAAGCAAGAUCAUCCACUACACAUGAACAUGAAUCACAGUAUUAUUUGCACAGGAAGGGUGUAACAAAAUAUGAAUGUAUCAAAAAAUAGAAAUAAAGUCUUU